AAUGGGUCCUUUGUUGUACUCCUCUCUCCUUGUUCUUGUUUUGAUCCUCAGGUUUGUGCAAAGAAGAAGAGUAAAAAAUCUUCCACCAUGUCCACCAAGUCUUCCCCUAAUCGGCAACCUCCACUACAUAAAAAGCCCACUCCACCGCUCCCUCCUCAGCCUAUCAGAAAAGUACGGCCCCAUCUUCUCCCUCUGGUUCGGUUCACGCUUUGUGGUUGUCAUCUCCUCCCCAACCUUGCUUCAAGAAUGCUUCACCAAACACGACAUCGUCCUCGCCAACCGCCCGCGCUUCCUCACCGGAAAAUACCUCUUCUACAACUACUCAAGCAUGGGCUCCUCCCCCUACGGCGACCACUGGCGCAACCUCCGCCGCAUCAUCACCAUCGACGUCCUCUCGACGUCGCGCCUCAACUCCUUCUUUGAAAUCCGAAGGGAGGAAACCAUGAGGGUCAUACAAAAGCUUGCUAGGGAAACAUGCAAUGGCUUCGCCCUGGUGCAUCUCAGACCCAGGCUGACAGAGAUGACAUUCAACAACAUGAUGAGAAUGAUAUCAGGGAAGAGGUACUACGGCGACGACAUCGAGGCGGCGGAUGCGGAGGAAGCGAAGCAAUUCAGAGACAUAAUGACGGAGGUUAUGUCGCUGUUGGGUGCAAACAACAAGGGAGACUUCUUGCCCUUCCUUCGGUGGUUUGAUUUUGACGGUUUGGAGAAGAGGCUGAAGGUGAUUAGCACGAGGGCAGAUUCGUUCUUGCAAGGACUCCUCGAAGAGCAUCGUAGUGGGAAGCACAAGGCCAACACCAUGAUAGAACAUCUCUUGACUAUGCAAGAGUCUCAGCCUCAUUACUACUCGGAUCACAUUAUCAAAGGCCUUAUUCAGGGUAUGCUGCUUGCUGGAACAGACACAACAGCCGUGGCUAUAGAGUGGGCAGUAUCUUCUUUAUUAAACCACCCAGAGAUAUUGAAGAAAGCAAAGGAUGAAAUAGACAACAUGGUAGGACAAGAUCGCUUGGUGGAUGAGUCAGACAUUCCAAAACUUCCUUAUCUUCAAAACAUUAUUUACGAGACACUUAGAUUGUUUGCUCCAGCACCAUUACUAUUGCCUCAUUAUUCUUCAGAAGAGUGCACCAUAGGGGGAUUCACUAUUCCACGUGACACCAUAGUGUUGAUCAAUGCAUGGGCCAUUCAAAGAGAUCCUGAACAUUGGAGUGAUGCUACAUGUUUUAAGCCCGAGAGAUUUGAACAAGAAGGGGAAGCAAACAAGUUGAUUCCAUUCGGAUUGGGAAGAAGAGCUUGUCCCGGAAUCGGUUUGGCACAUCGUUCAAUGGGCUUAACUUUGGGAUUAUUGAUUCAAUGCUUUGAAUGGAAACGACCAACUGAUGAAGAGAUUGAUAUGAGGGAGAAUAAAGGGCUGGCAUUGCCAAAGCUAAUUCCAUUGGAAGCUAUGUUUAAAACACGACCAAUCAGCGAGAAAGUUAUGCAACAAUUAGCUAUAUUUGGUACCUAAGAGAUUCUACAUUACUACGUAUUUGCCCUUUCCCUAUCUAUUAGUUGGUGUAAACAAAUAAAUACUACUGUAAUAUGUUUCUCAAAUUAAUAAUUCAUUAUGCAGAUUAAUCAA